AUGGGACCUCUGUACCGCCUGGGCACCCCCCUGGGUGUGAUGGCACCUCUGUGCCCCCUGUGGACCCUCCGGGCCAACUCGGCGCGGGCACAGGAGGACCUGGAGGCCGAGUUCCAGUCUCUGUACUCGCUGCUGGACGAGCUCAAGGAGGACAUGGUGAUGAAGAUCAAGCAGGAGCGCGCCAGCCGCACCUACGAGCUGCAGGCCCAGCUCGCCGCGUGUUCCAAGGCCCUGGAGAGCUCGGAGGAGCUGCUGGAGGCGGCCAACCAGGCCCUGGGCGCUGCCAACCACCACGACUUCUCCCAGGCGGCCAAACAGAUCAAGGAUAGCGUGACGAUGGCACCCGCCUUCCGCCUCUCGCUCAAGGCCAAGGUGAGCGACAACAUGAGCCACCUGAUGGUGGAUUUUGCCCAGGAACGGCGCCUGCUCCAGGCCCUCACCUUCCUGCCAGUGCCCAGCGCGCCCGAGAUCGACCUGGCGGAGUCGCUGGUGGCCGAUAACUGCGUGAGCCUGGCAUGGAGGAUGCCCGAGGAGGGCGGCAAGAUCGACCACUACGUGCUGGAGUAUCGCAAGACCAACUUCGAGGGGCCCCCCCGUGCCAAGGAGGACCAGCCCUGGAUGGUCAUCGAGGGCAUCAAGGGCACUGAGUACACCCUGUCCGGGCUGAGGUUUGACAUGAAGUACAUGAACUUUCGGGUGCGGGCGUGUAACAAGGCCGUGGCGGGCGAGUUCUCGGAGCCGGUCACGCUGGAGACCAAAGCGUUCACGUUCAAGCUGGAUGCCAGCACGUGCCACCAGAACCUGCGGGUGGAGGAGCUGAGCGUGGAGUGGGACGCGACGGGCGGGAAGGUGCAGGACGUGAAGGCGCGCGAGAAGGACGGCAAGGGCAGGACGGCCUCGCCCGCCAACUCCCCUGCCAGGGUGGUGCAGUCGCCCAAAAGGAUGUCCCUGGGCCGCGGGGGCCGCGACCGCUUCACCGCCGAGUCCUACACGGUGCUGGGGGACACCCUGAUCGACGGGGACGAGCACUACUGGGAGGUUCGGUACGACCGGGACAGCAAAGCCUUCGGGGUGGGGGUGGCAUAUCGGAGCCUGGGCAAGUUCGACCAGCUGGGCAAGACCUCGGCGUCCUGGUGCCUCCACCUCAACAACUGGCUGCAGCUCAGCUUCAGUGCCAAGCACGCCAACAAGGCCAAGGCGCUGGACGUGCCUGUGCCCGACUGCAUCGGCGUCUACUGCAACUUCCACGAAGGUGGGCGGGCUGGGGGGCGCGGGGCGGGGCUGGGGGUGGGCACGGGGGUGUGCCACUGCUGUGGGUGUCACCACCGCCACCAUGGGAAUGAGUGUGGGCAUUGCCAUGAUCAUGGGGAUCAGUGUGAUCACCGUGGGCAUUGCCACCACCAUGGCUAA